AAGUCUUACCGUUGCCGACGAAGGUAAACAACUCGUUGUAAAAGAACUUGACUUUCCUACUCGUUGUUUCUCUGUAAGUGAAAUAUUUCGAAAUUUUUGAAAUUUAAUAAAAACAAUCCUUAUUAAAUUAGAAACGUAUUACUAGACUAGUUAUGGAGGAUUCAGGAAUUUCAAAGGGUCCUAUUUCAGAACGUGAUGCUAAGAGGGCGUAUAUUGAAUCAAAUCACAUUCCUGAAAUGUUCUCUAGCUUAUUAGCCGCUUUGAUGAUUGAAAGACCCAAAGAUCAUUUUGAUUAUUUGGACCAGAAAUUAGAAAUAAUUAAGCAAGUUGGAGCCUAUAGAGUCGAUUGGGAAUCUUUUGUAUAUGAACUACAUCCACACAGGCAACAGCAUUAUUUGAAAAAUAUUCAAAACGAAUAUACAGAAAAAAUAAAAAGGUUAAUGGAAAUUUGGCUAACGCAGCAUGAUUACAUGAAAGUUUUCCGCCUCACUGAAGUAGACGAAGAUAAAGAAGAUAUAGAUUCUUGA